AUGGGGGUUUCCGACGACAGGGCCAGCAUCAUUAAGGGUGACGCACUCAAGGUGCUCCCCGAGCUGGAUCUCGAUGAGGACGACAGCAACGUCGACGAGUCCAAGGUGCCGUUAACGAGGUCGAAUGUGUACGCUGACAGUCCACGCGAGGUCCAUCUGAGCGAAGGCAUCACCGAAGCCGAGAUUAUCCUUCGUCAACGCGUAGGCAUCGCCUUUGUGUUGGGUCUUAUCGUCGCCAGUGCAAUUUGUGUCAUGCUCUUGGGCCUCCUUGGACACGAAGAAAACUACGGUUCGACACCAGCUAUUCAACACCACUUUAUCGCAGCAACUUCUGCUGAUGGAUUUAAGAAGAACCUCGAGUUCUACACAGAUGUCGUUCGCCACACUGGCAGCACUGGGGACUACGAGAUGGCUCAGUUUAUCCGCUCGAGCGCUAUCAACUUUGGUUUUGAAGAGAGUUCUAUCAAAAUUGACGAGUUCGAAAUGCUCGUCAAUGCACCGGAGACCCUCACUCUUGACAUUCUUGAUUUAUCCAAGAACGAGUCGCUGGCUUCAUACGAUUUCGUGGCCGAACACGCAGCUCGACAAGCCAAACGACAGGCAAAAGGCAAGAACCUGACCAAACCUUACGCAGCGUUCCACUUGUACUCCAAGAACGGCACCGCAUCCGGACCGAUUGUGUAUGCUCACUUUGGCUCAUCCGAAGACUACCAAGCUCUGGCACAGAACAACAUCAACGUUGCUGGUAAAAUUGUUCUAGUUCGCAUGGGUGGCGAUGUUUCUCUGCCUGCCAAAGUGGUGAUAGCCUCCAAGUUCGGAGCUGUCGGUGUACUCACCUACACUGACCCUGCCGACGAUGGUUCUGCUCGAGGACCCACCGCACCCGAUGGCCCGUGGCGUCCCAGCUCCACGUCAACGUUCGGCAAUGUCUACAUGGGAGACGGUGAUCCGACCAUGCCAGAAGGCUUCUCAGCAACUCGACCCAUGGGAACCACUGCAGAUCGUCUCUCCAUUGAAGACAUUUACUCAGUCAACAACACGUUCAACAUCCUCCCGCCGAUUGUCAGCAUGGCGAUUAGCGCUGCGGUGGCUCAGGAUCUGCUUACCCAGAUCGAAACUGCUUCGAAGAAGAUAGCAACAUUGAAACAGAUAAACGCCGCUGACGUCUUCGGAGCUCGAUGGGAAGGUGGUGCUCUUGGUGUGAAGUACAUGCUUCCAGUAGAUGACGAUACGUCCAAGUCAGAAGAAGUGGAGAUUAUCGUGAAGAUGACGAACAGCAACGUGUACACGUUGACAACGACGUGGAACGUGGUGAUCACCGUGUACGGAUCUCGUGAACCGGAUCGCCAUGUACUCGUUGGUGCCCCACGUGACUCUCUGAACGCCGGCGCUGUAAGUCCAGGAUCAGGUAACGCUGUAUUCCUAGAGGUUCUUCGAGCUCUUGGAACUCUUGUCGCCAAUGGAUGGACCCCGUACCGUACGCUGGUUCUGGCUUCGUUUGGUGGCGAACAAUUCGGCUCCGUAGGCAGCUCACACUGGAUCGACCGAUACCCGAGUUUUGGUAGUGGGAACGCUGGGCGUGGCGUAGUUUACUUGCAUCUGGAUGAUGUUGUGCGUGGUGCUGGAGCCCUUCGCUGUAAGGCCUCGGCUACGAUCCGCAAGAACAUCUAUCUCAUGAGUGCAGCCGUGGCUCAACCGAAGAAACAGGACUAUCCCGACGUCGACAGUUUCUUCUUUAGCAACGCAUCAGGUGCUUCAGCUGUAGCUGCUGGCAGCUCAAGUAAAGACGAAGAUGAUCUCGAUAUGCUGCCAGUCAACGCGACUUUCUCAAGUAACGAGCUACCCGGUAGUGGCAACUCCGUCUUCGCUUAUUGGCUUGAAGACGCUAACAAGAAGAAUCCUAGCGGUGUUGAAUUGGAGCUCCCGCCCAUGGAGCGUAACCUGGGUGCACGUAUUUCACCAUUCCUCGGACGACUGGGCAUCCCGUCGCUCGAACUUGGCUUUGACGGAGGCUAUUUCGGCGUGGGUAAUACCGGUGCUGAUAUUCCUGCCUGGAUCUCGCACUUUGCCGACCCUCAGUUCGCUUUCCACCGUGCUGCUGCUGAGCUUUAUGGCAGUAUCCUCUUGUCAUUCACGGACGCGCAAUUCUUGCAGUACGACUUCACUGAAUUAUCACGAGAACUCCGUCGAGGCGAGGCUUUCUUGGAAGAUGCACUUGCACGCGAAGGAUUGAUCGAAGUGGUGCCUCUGGGUCGUCUGCAUAACGCCACUACUGCUUUCGAAACCGCUGCUAUCAGUGUCAAUCACGAAAUGAACGUCAUUUCCGAUCAAGAGCACGACUUUAGCCGCAUCAGGUUGUUCAACAAUCGUCUACUACGUGCACAGCGUGCAUUCCUACUGCCUUCCGGUCUCACGUACAUGCCUUGGAUCAAGAAUGUACUGUACGGCAUUUCCGAGUGGGAUGACUACCGAGUGAGUCUGUUCCCUGGUGUCACGCACGAACUCAAACGCGGUAAUGCCAUGACUGUGAGACGAGAGCUUGUACGACUUUGCAUCACCAUCGAAGCAGCUACGGAUAUCCUCAUGAAUGCACCCGAUGAAGAGUGAAGUUACCUUGCAUUUAUCACUCCACGCCCUAAAAACAAAUACAUCCCAAAUAUUAGCCAAC